AUGGCCAUGGACAUUGGCUGCCUUUCUACGCGCAAGGUGGUGCCCGGCAACUUGGUGACUCGUACUCCGGACGGUCUGAGCCUUGAAGAGGCUGCUACCUUGCCCAUUGUCUACGCAACUGAUAUCCAUGCCGUCAUUAACCUAGGUCGGCUCAAGAAGGGACAGUCGAUUCUGGUUCAUUCUGCUUGUGGAGGAGCUGGGCUGGCCGCCCUUGAGCUAUGCACCGCACCCGAGGCAGAGAUCUACGUCACGUGUGUUGCGAGGUGCGGCAGCAUGAUGGAGAUUGGCAAGUGUGACAUUCUUGGCCACGGGGCUUUGGCGCUCAACCCGUUCAACGAGAACCGGACAUUCCAUGGCAUUGGCUUGGCUGGCCUGCGACAGGACAAUCCUGCCCAGGUUCAAGAGUUGAUGGAGCAGUGCGUCUCCUACCAUAAGCAGGGCAUCAUCAAGCCGAUCCAGCCUAUUCGCGUCCUCCAGGCCAGCCAGGUGGCCGAGGCAUUCCGCUACAUGCAGAAUGGAUUACAUCUUGGCAAGGUACUCAUCAGACUUUCAGGAGAAGCGAGAAAACUUCCUUGCACCAAGCUACGGCGAGGCCCUACCCUCUCCAGCAUUGGCGGUGUUUUGCAAAUGGCCAUGGUGCUAAUAGACUGCCCUUUUCAGCAGCUAGGUCAUGAUGCUUGGGGUAGCGUGCAGAACCCCAAGGUCAAGGGAACGUGGAAUCUCCAUCGGGCGCUUCUGGGCACCAAGCUGGACUUUUUUGUUCUCUUCAGCUCCGUGGCCGCUGUCUGGGGCCAACCCGGCCAGGCGAACUACGCGUCCGCCAACACGUUCCUCCAUUCUUUUGCACAAUAUCGCCACAGCCUCGACUUGCCUUGCUCUGUCAUUGACAUUGGAGUCAUGGAGGGAGUUGGAUACGUCAGCCAAAAUCCUGCUGUUCUGAAGCAGCUACGUCUCAUGGGUGCCCAUACGCUUCAAGAGCAGGAGCUGCUCGAUGCAAUGGGGACCAGCGUCGAACGUGGCCUGCCCUGGCACAAGGCAUCAGCCGGGCACCACGGCGGAUCCAGCAAUCCGAGUCAGGUAACCAUUGGUUUGAGGUCGUGCCGGCCAUUGUGCGAGCCUAGCAACCGCGUCCCUUGGAAGCGCGACAUUCGCAUGAGUUUAUAUCGGCAGGUCGAGUCAACCACUGUCGUGAGCUCCGACGCCGGCAACAGACGCCUGCAGGAUUUCCUCAGCAUGGCCGAGGGAACCCCGGGCGUUCUGUCCGACGAGGCCAGCAUAAAGCUUGUUACGUGGGAGAUUGCUCGCACCCUAUGCGGCUUCUUGCUGCAACCGGAGGAGAACUUGGAUAUCACCCGGAGUCUUGCUUCCAUGGGCAUUGACUCUUUGGAACGGUGGAACGACCAGGCAAACUCGCAAUAG